UGCUCAUAAACCUGUCAUUUUCAAAGAUUGACACAGUGAUACUUUCUGAAAUAUUUUAGGAUGAAAUCUUAAUUUCUUGGAUAAACCCGAUGUAUCUUCAGCCUGACAUUGUUGAUGAUAUAAGAGACAGUUUUGAGGAGAACUCGGAAAUUGAAUUGAAAGAUUUUUUAUUGGUAGGAAAGAAUGAAUGGAAUAGAAUAGCUUUAUGGCGUCAUAUGUAAUACCGUUAAUUUUCUAUGAAGUUUGUGGGCUUAUAGGAGGGAGGUGGGGUGGAGGGGGUUGGGGGCGGUGGGGGCUCAACGAACAAGGGACUUGAUGAUUUACCCAACACGCGGCUAUAGUUUUCACAUGUGAAUAUGGAUGUGACAAAUUUAUUCAAACACGAUAAACUCAUGAGUCAUGAUUCAAAAAUAACGAUUCUACACGGUGUAUUUCAAAAUCUGAAUGAUUUUGCAUCUUUGAAGCUGAUAAUACGAAAAUGCAAAAAUAUAAUUCGAAUCAGAACCAAGGGUUUGAAAUUUAAAGUGGCAGAAUGGCUACCAUGCAUGCAGUGAAUAUAAGAUCUGGUCGCCAAAUUUAAUAUUAGUUCUCCAAAUCAAUGUGUUAUGAAGUCCCUUUGUAUAUAGAUAACAUAAAAAAUAGUUGCAACAGUAGAAUAAAAAGCUAGAUCACUGAAAUAUUUUAGGACUUUAAAAUUACCUUAUUAUGGUUUUAUAUAUAAGUAGUUUUAUACGGGUUUUUUUUUCAAUCACCAUGAGGGCCCCCUUUGGCAAAUACCUGGUCGCUAGAAAUCUGGUCGCAAUCGGCGACCUGGUACCCGUUAAUUUCAAUUCCUGAUCAGAACACAUGGAUUUCUUGCAUGUGGGAGGAUGGGGAGCAGGGGCGUAUGCAGGAUUUUUUACUAGGGGGCAGUAGGACCUAUAUGCCAAGAAAAGUCCUGAAUAUCCAAAGAACAAUUAACAAUGACAUUCUAAAAAUCGUAAAUAUAGUUUUCUCUAAGUUGCCCCUACUUCCGCUAUGUACGGCCCUGAAGGGGAGGUCUGAUAGCGACGGUGAUUUAUGAAUAUCGUUCGAAAGCGGGUGGUCUCCUAGACAGGAGGGCCUAACGGCUUAAACGAUAAUUUAGGGUAGGAUGAAUUAUAUUUUAUUUUAAUGUAUCGCUCUGUUUUCGUUACUGCUGGUAACAGGAAGAAAAAUACGAAGCCUUGUUGGAAGAAUUGAAGAAAGAAGAAAUGAAAUGGCAAACAGUUGGUCCUGCUAAUAAGAGGUACUAUAUACGCUACCGUGGUUUGUGAGGAUAAUGAAGGCCGGAUAAGGCCCGCAAUUUGAUUGGUUAAUACCUGUGCAGGAUCAGACAAUCCUGCACGGAAAAUUUAAAUACUUCUGCAUAACGAUAACUUGUGCUGAAAGAGGAAUUUGUUUUUCUUUAUUAUUUAUACAUGGUGCUGUUAUAAGCACAGGGUUCCAAUUGGCAUUUUGCUUGUGCCUGGGGUUCAGUAUUAAAAAAAUUAAUAGCCCAAUUUUCAAGUUUUCAAGUACCCCCCCCCCCUAAAACUUUUUUUGCGAGAGGCUUAUAAGGUUAGCGCAAAUGAAUUAAUGAUACAUGUUUUGAUAUGUAUUUAGUAAUAUAUGGCUGUAAAGUAUAGUCCAUUUUACAGGUUUUGAUAUCAGUACUGAUGGAAAUUGGCAUGACUGCACUAUAAAAACAUAAUAAUUAGUGACAAUUGCAAUACAAUUACAAUACACGCAAUUUUAACAUUUCUUGUAUUGGUAAUGUCUUAUAAAAUUACCGUUCUAAGUUCUUUUGAAGAUCAAUACUAGACAAUUUGCAUGUUAGCAAAGCAUCAGGGGAAAAGUGGUGACCAUAAAUAUUGUGACGUUAUAAAGUUACCGUUUUAAAGGUCAAGUGCAGCUAAGAGAUGAGUGUGAUAUACUUUUACAAUUCAUGUAUAGAGUCUAUAUAUAGACGUUGGUUUAUAUAAUAAAAACUCUAGUUUUAGUACUCAAACUAAAAAAACAAGACCAUGCCUAUGCCCACAUUAUUAGAAACAACAGCUUUAAAAACAACACCGAAGAAUCCAAUUUAGUUGAUGACUACGUAUCUCUUAAAAAUUACAAUGUAAUGUAUGCCAAACAUGAAUCACAAUUCGUCAUUGCGUUAUUUGCGUAAAUAAUCAUUGCCUCAAUAAGUGAGUGAUAAGCGUAAUAACUAAUAUUCAGUACAUUGUACUAUUGAUAGCUGUACUGAAUACAAAGAAUAUAAUGUAUUUCUUGCUUUUUUUCUGAUUACACCAAUGUUAUUGCGACAGAUUUGCGCAAAUGUUAUUUGAUAUCACGCAUUGUAAUUAUAUAAAUGCGAACUGCCUAGUUUUCUGGACGUGAGAAGGUGAAGAAGACUGGGAACGUCCUAGUUUUUUGUGCGCAGGGGUCUGAGAACGUCCUAGAAUUACCUUAUUUGGAAAAAAACUAGGCUGUUGUCGUCAAAAACUAGGACGUUCCCAGACUCCAAAAUACCAAUCGCGCGUAAUGACGUUGUUUUAAUCUAACUCUAGACAUGUUGACAGAAUAAAAACAUUCCUAAAAUAGAGAUUAUUAAUAUAAUACGGAAACAGCUUUACAUAGGGUAUUAAAAUAGCGGAAUAUUUCGAAAUUAAGCACGAUAAUGUAGAAUACACGUACACAACACAAACUGACAACCGAUUUUGUGACCUAUAUCAGAGCGUCCUAGUUUACGCUUUCUGGUUGCCUAGUUUUUCAAUUUUUACCAUUUUUUUUCCUAAAAUUGGAAAAUUUAUGAGAUUGGGUUCCCAGGCACAACUGGCCUCAUUUGGAACCUUGUAAGUUAUAUGCUUAUGAUUGUAAAUUUCAUUCAAAUGUGUUUAUAGGUGGUAUGAGAAAGCAACUGAAGAUAGUCUGUCGACUGGCCUUGUUCAAGAAUGUUUUCGACUUUUUAAAUCUGAACCGAUAUUUAAACUUCUCACAACAUUUACUGGUCUGAAGUUAUCUAAUGUCGAUAUUGGUAAGAAUGAUGAGAAAAAUGAUGAACAAAAUGAUGAAAAUACAGAAGAAACGUCAGCUGAAGAUCAAGUAAAUGUUGCUUUAUUAAGAAUCUAUGUCAAGAGAGGCAUCGCAAUAGUUGUGCCAAGUAUACAUAGAAGAUACUACACGGCGGCGCGAAGACAAAAGUCAUAUCUUCAUGCCACAGUUGAAUGUUCUGUUUAUUAUAUAGUCUCAAGCAAAAAAUUGUGAAAUUUCACUCUCAAAAGCUCUCAAAAGCAAAUUGGAAAAAGUCACGUGAUCGAUAUCUUUACUAGUGAAGAUAUGGAAAAAAUCUCACUGUGUAUUUCUCAGUAUCUCAUGACUCUCUACUAUAUAAUAACUACCGAUGUCAACACGCUUUGUGAUUGGUUGAUUAUGACAAUAAAAGACAAUAAUAAUUGUUUGUUUUCCGGCAACACCAUGUAAUCUGUAUUCCGUAAUCAUGUAAUCCGGUAACACCAUGUCAUCAUACAUUCAUUUAGCAAAGCUCUCUCCUCUGCCACGCAGAGUUUCGAUCGGUAAGCCCAGGUCGUCAUCAGUGCAAUGGACGUAUGAAUUAAAACUUAGUCUGAGCGCACUUGAUACUGACAUUGGAAACUUGCAUGAUACAGCUGUCACCGCGCGUGGUGAUCAAAACUGGUACACCAAUAUUUCACAUCUUAACACUCGGUAUCAUUUUCAGGCGAGACAGAGUAGUUGUCAUGGUAACGUGUGUCGCUGGUCUCAUGGAUGUUACACUCUGAUCCACGACAAUGAUCCGGAGGCGUCCGACAUGGCUUUAGACGCUUGGUUCUUUGUUGAUUGUCAUGGUGAGUUAUUUCAAAUAACGUGGAUUUAGCAUUAUUAUUAUUUCCUUGCAUGGUACGGAUAACGGAUAACGUUCUGUUGUGAAGUACAAAUCUAGAGAAACUGACCUGGCCCUAUAUAAUAUUCUCCGAUGGACCAUUUGCAUUAUAGACUAAAUUUUGAUCUGGACAAAAAUUUCAUCCCAGCUUGAAAGAGCAUCACAAAAUUAGUAAUAUUCCAAAGUUUCGUUGCGAAAUGUUGUAACUGAAUGCGGAUAAUAUAGCCUUGCGAAGUUUGCCGUUUUUCAGUCAUUUUGUACUACGCAUGGGAAAUUGACAGCCCAAUCGGGUGUUGGGGCAUCAAUUUCCCGUUUGUAAUACAAAAUGACUGAAAAUUGCAAAUUUCGCAAGGCUAUAUUAUCCGCAUUGUACAACAUUUCGCAACGAAACUUUGGAAUAUUACUAAUUUUGUGAUGCUCUUUCAAGCUGUGAUGAAAUUUUUGUCUAGAUCAAAAUUUAGUCUAUAAUGCAAAUGGUGCAUUAAUAUGUAGCAUUUCUAUCUCACUACAGGAUGGGAAGAAGCGUUUGGAGGUCACACAAGUUAUUUAGCACGAGAGGAAGACGAAGAGGUACGGGAAAUGGAGUAGAAUAAGAAAUAUAAUCUGGUUUAUUGCUCGGGCCAUAUAUAGUGUAGUAAUUUAUUAACCUUUUGUAUGACGUAUUCACCAAUAACUUGAUAAUAUGGUAAUAUGUCACCGAUAUUAUGUCGGCUUGGCUUUAUAUUUGAUAAAACACGUGAUUUUUAUGAUAUAACAUUUAUAGUAUACGCGAGCGUUGAUUGGUCGAGAAGCGUGUUUCUAUAACUACGGAAAAGUUCUUGCCUUAAUACGCGCUUUUCGCUAUAAUCGGAAAAACGUUUAACACUUACCUGUAAACUAAAAUAUUUCUAUUAAUGCACACCGUAUUGGCAUCUUUGUGCCCCCCCUCGUCCAAUAUUGCUUUUGACAUUGUAUUUUACAAAGCUUUCAACUAACCAAUGUAUAAGCUUUCAAGAGUUUCAACAUUGAACGCGACUUCUUCUUCAUAAAUGUUGAAGACAUUAUGUUGGAAAAUAGAUAAACUAGGCCAAGGCUUGCAAUAAAGUCACGACGUAUACCGAUAAACUGAUCUUUCAGGUGUAAUCUUUGUUUUUCUCUAGUUACUGACAAUUUACCCGUGUUCAAACUCACUGGCACUGGUCUAUCGUGACACAGACACAGUAAAGUUUGUUAAACAUAUUAAUAACCGUUGCAAAACAAGUGAUAAUGAUGCUGGUUCAUCAAGUGAGAAACAUUCAGAUCGCUAUUAUAAUAUAAUGUGUACGUAUUUCGAGUGAAACACCCUAUAUUUAAUUAUGGUUGUUAAAUUUUAAUCUGUACGAAUCAUGUAUGUACAUUUAUUUCGUUUGUGAAGAUGUUGCGACAAGACAUCGGGACAAUUAUGCUUACUCUUCCUCCAAUCAUGCGUAUUCACGUCAUUAAAUCUAAACCGGAGAGAAAACAAACCACGAUAACGGUUCAAGUAGCAGUCAGGAUUCAUUCCAAUAUAUGGUUGGAUUCAUGUGGCUUAUACUUGCUUUUGCGACCACAGACUAUUUUGUAUGUUUUCUUGGAGGUAAUCGACCUAAAAACUCUAGCGAGUCCCAUUAAAAUGCAGAACCUAUCUUCAGUUUUAGCCUGGCUUAUGCUUGUUAUAUCUAUAGUACUGGCAUUUCUUUAUCAUGCUAUUGAGAAAUGUUGUUUUUCCAAAAGUCGAAAAUCUACAGGAACAAUUAUUCGGGACUACGAAAGAAUUGAAGCUGAAGCUGCAAUUUCGACGUUUAAGAAAGAGGCUAAACUCUUGCAAAACGAGAAGGAGAGAGAAAGGUUAAAGCAAUUCUUCAUGAGGUUAACGAUGGCAAGACUGCCUCGGAAGUUGUGGAAGAAGCUAAGAAAUGGUUGAUUGAUAGGUAUUCACGGUUCAACAAAGUCAAGAAAGAUUAUCAAGUUAAUGACGUACAGUUGGAUGAAAUUGAAGUUGAAAAUUAUAUGGCUAAAGAAACGAAACUGUUGCAUACAACAACAUGUGAUAUUGAAAGGCACUGAGAAAAUUCUCACUGCAGAAAUUUCACACUAUCCAUAAGUAGAUAUUACACGCAAAUUUUCUACCUAUAUUAAUUGCAGACUCAAUAACAUUACAUUGCUUCUUCGUCUGUAAUCAAUUUUAUGUAUGUGUUUAGCCCCUUGCCAAAGUCAAUUAUUAAGUCAGUAUAUCCCCCCCCCCCCCCCUAUAAAAGUAUUUGUAUCUUUCUGGAGGUCUUCGAAUUCUUUCUGGAUAUAUCUUCUUUCUGGUUGUGUUUCCGGUAUGUAGUGGUUGUUCGACCACGUUCUUCUUAUCAGGUUUUAGUUUGGUUCUUCGACUUUGGAUUUGAACCUGGUACGGUUUAGGUAUAUAAUUGUAAUAUACAGACAUGUACUGUGGCACAAUUUCUUCUUUAUCGAGAUUUUUGGGCAUCUCACUCGGUAGAACUCACAGUUGAAGGGUUUUUGUAGAGGAGCCUGCGUAGUGAUGCGUACUAAUUUCAUAGAUAUCUUAUAUAUACUAGAUAGCGCAUCUCUUUUAGUAAAAUUGAAGCCAAGAAUAUUACAGCGGUU